AUGGUGGGGCCAUUCUCGCUGCAGAUCGGCGGGCCUCCGCGAAAAUCCGUUCAACGGAAGACGGCCGAACCUGGCUCCGUAGCCUCUGCAUCGCCCGAUUUGCCUUCAAGUGCUAAUUUUGCAACAGAGCUCGACAAAUUUACAACGCAGGGUGCUAUACCUUCACAGCAUCUAGCCAUGGCUCUGGUGGCGUACAGAAAUUUAAUGCGCGCCGCGCGCAUCGCCUUUGAAGGUGACGCCCCGAUCCUGGCUGCCGCUCAACAACAAAUUCGCGACGUGUUCCGACAAAGAUCGUCUCUCGACUCAUCCGAUCCUUCUACUCGAGAAGAUAUUCAGCGUGCGCAGGAAAUCGCUGACUUUUUGAAAGCGAACGUUGUACAGGGAAAGCGCAUGGAGGGAGGCGACAACAUGUAUCGGCUUCGAAUCCAUGAACACACGGAAAGAGGCGACAACGAUAGUAUAAAGACUGCUGGAAGUGGCGUGGUUGGUGGUGGGUGCUGCGGGGAGUCGAGGAAAAUAGGCAGACUUGGCAAGAACAAGAGGAAGCACAAGCGUGUAUGA